UCCAAGUCCCCUCCCCUACCCCAAGCCACACGCUCCCCGCGCGAGCACCUCCUCCACCACUUCGACGACCCGCCAUCCGCGCAGGCAGACGACUCUCCACCACCCGAAGAAUCACAGCCUACCCAGCACGACGACCCUCUCGACCCUCCAUACCACGAAGACGAUGGCGAAAUCCCCUACCCCGAACCCGAUUCCCACCAAAUGCUCCUCCCCCCGCAAAACUUCAACCCCUUCUUCACCCUCAUCGAAGACACGACGACAGGCGAGCACUACCACCCAUACGUACACUACGUCUUCGCAGACGACGACCCCGUCAUCAUGACCGCCGCCGCGAUGCGCAGUCUCGGCCUCGACGACACGAAGUACCUGCCCGAAACUUCGCCCGAAAGCGGCGAGCACGAAGAGCAAGAGGAGCAGCGGCGCCGGAGGCAACAGCAGAGCGAGCAAGACCCCAGCCAAGCCGGCGACGACGAGGAUGACGACGAGAGAGACCGGGUGCACGACUCGCCGCACGUCGAGUCCCCGCUUCCGCCGCCGAUACCGGGCGUCAAGGAGAGGUAUAUUGUUGUCGAUGUGGGCGCGGACGGCCACGAGAUACUGGAUGCGCAGUCCCUGUCGUCGGAGUGGCAAAUUACGAGUGCGAAUGUGCGGACGGCGCCGUCGUUCGACGAGGAGGCGCCGGAUCAGGGGUACAUGCUUAGGAUUGAGGGGGUGGAGAUUGGAGGGAAGGGGAAAGGGAAGGCGAAGGGGGAGCCGGGCGAGGGGAAGUUGAAGGACGCGAGAGAUGCGUCGCAGGGGGAUAUUUUCGCGGCGUUGGAGGGGCUUAUCAAGGGGGUUGAGAUCGGGCUGGACGUUGCGGGCAAGAUUCGUGGG